AUCACAUUUCGACAGUUCAAGAAUUGUCAUUUGUGAAAAUUUGUGAUGAAAACAGAUAAAAUGGAAACCCCAAAUAAAAACGCGGACUCUAAAUUAUCAAAAAGUUCGUUAACAAAAGAGAAGAAAUUAACUCAUCUUUAUUUCAACGAUAAAUAUUUAAAAAAAAUUCCAAAAUUUACAAAUCCUCAGCAUGCAUUAGUUCUUUAUCUUCAUAAUAAUGAAAUUCACGAAAUCACUGGUUUAGAACACGCGCACAAUUUGACUAGUUUGUAUUUACAAAACAACAGAAUUUUGCGUAUUGAAAAUUUGAGCAAUUUAAAAAAACUUAAAAAAUUGUAUUUAGGACAUAAUACAAUUAGUGUUGUGGAAGGAUUACAAAAUUUGCAAAGUUUAGAGGUUUUCCAUAUUGAAAAGCAGUGUUUGUUUGAAGGAAACAGUUUGUGUUUUGACCCCAGAAGCAUUAACGCCUUAUCACAUACACUUCAAAUCCUUAAUAUAUCGUACAAUAAAAUCCAGACUAUCUCAUCUUUAGCACCUCUUAAAUCUUUAAGAGUGUUCAGUGCCUCUCAUAAUGAACUUAGUAAUAUUGACGAGGUUUGUGGUGUUAUAAAAGACUGGUUUUAUUUGAAAGACUUAGUUCUUGCCUCCAAUCCUAUCUGUAAAAAUCGGCUGUAUAAAGAAGAAAUAAUUGCCAAUGCGUAUUGUUUAGACACAUUAGAUCAAAAAAAUAUCUCAGACCAUACUAGAAAUUUUUUAAAAAGGCUUCACGGAGAACGGAUCGCUCAAAGAUUACACAAAAGUGUAAAUUUAGCAAACAAAGUUCCAGAUUUAUCGAAAAAUUAUUCGUCUGCUAUACAAAAAGCAGUAUCUAUUAGUAUAUUGAAACAAAGUAAAGAAUUAAACGAAGACGAAAUAUUUGACGAAAAAAAUGCCGUUUACAUUCCCUGGAGAACACUACCCAAACCUCAACAUGUUGCCAAAUUACGUCAACACAGUAAGAAUCAGAAGAAAUUCAAAAACGAAAGUCAUCGUCAAAUGUUGAUACUUUAUUUUCACAUUUAAAAAUAUAAAAUUUUGAUUAUACUUUAUACAAAAUUUACAAUUAUUGCAAGUACUAACCCUAAACUCACAA